AUGGAUACGUUUUCACAAAGUUCUCCCGGUUUUGUGAACCUAUUAUCUUCCCAGUCCAGUAAAACCGUAGAAGUAGGGUCGUCUGAGGUUCCUAAACCGGCUGGUGAAAGGAGAAAGUGGACGACUCAAGAAGACAUUAUCCUCAUCAGUGCCUGGUUAAACACAAGCAAAGAUCCCAUAGUUAGUAACCAGCAGAAACUAGGGUCGUUUUGGAGAAGAAUAGAGGAUUACUUUAAUGCAAGCGCUCAGCUAGGUGGCUUUCUACCUAGAGAGUGGAGUCAGUGUAAGCAGAGGUGGGGAAGGGUGAAUGAACAAGUGUGUAAAUUUGUGGGAAGCUAUGAGGCAGCAUUGAAGGAGCAAUCAAGUGGGCAGAACGAGAACGAUGUCAUGAAGUCAGCUCAUGACAUCUUCUUUAACGACCACCAGGCGAAGUUUGCACUUGAACACGCGUGGAGGGAGCUGAGGUAUGAUCAGAAGUGGAGAUCGAACUCUAUAUCAAGAGAUGGUGGAAAGGCGAAAAUGAAGGAAGCUGCGGAGACGGUGCCUGACUCGGAUGAGGCUAGGCCUCCUGGCGUUAAGGCUUGCAAAGCAGCCAAACGCAAGAAGCCUGGCAAUGAAGCUGCAUUUGAUCGCCUGGAGAUCAUUCUAGAGAAGAAACAGAAUAUUUCGAAACAGAAAAUACUUGAUCGUCUCCUCUCUAAGAACAUAGCUACUCUAACUGAAGCUGAGGUCGCUUUGAAGGACAAACUUGUGAAAGGAUCUGUGGGGCCGUUGGUCACGGGCAUAUGGGAGAUAAAGUCUGGACUUGAUGGGUUUUGUAGGUGUCACGGGUAUUGUAGUAGUAGUAGUUCACGGGUUGUUCAUGUAGUUGUAGUACUACAUGUAUCUUUUGGGUCGCAGCAGGUCAGUGUUUGUACUAGACACUAG